AUGGAUCCUACCUAUGAAUGGUUUCAAACCCAAAUGCCCGGGUUCAAUGUACCCGUGGAUGCUGCACCGGCUAUAAAAGACUUGAGUGCGUUGAUCACGAAAAUUAGCCUUUUCACACUCCUUUAUAUUAACAUUCUAUUCUUCCCUUCUACAAGCAAGCUUGUUGUCAAGAGAGAAAUAAUUAUGAUGCGAGUAAUGAAUACUAUCACCGACAAGCCCGAUUGGGAACGAAAGGUAUUUGAUGAGGUCAUCACCAACAAAUGGCGCGACGAAAUCGCCCAAAGCGGGCAAGAUGUUACUUCCAAGAUGAUGGACUGGAUUAUCAAAGAGCUGCAGUGGAAGACUUCUUUUCUCGAGAAAGAUGGAUACGUCGAAGUCUUUGAAAAUGUAAUCAAAUCGGAUACCGCCGUUGCCAAAGAGCUUCAAGAUGCUCUGAAGGAGGCAGUGAAGCCUCUCGAAGAUGUUCCCGAGGACCAGAAAGACUACCACCCCGGCUCCGAGGGAAAGGUCCUCGACCUUGUGCAUCCAUCCCUAUUCCCGGUUGUCUACGGCAAGACACGAGUCCUCCCGGAUAAGAUUCUUGGUCUUGAAGAUUGCCUUGAUCAUAUCGGCGAAGGCGAAGUCAUUCCUACUCCGCCGGACAGCGAUUCUGAGGCCAGUUCUAGUGGCCGGCGCCACGGGAAAAAAUCAUUCGACCUACCGUUGCUGAGCAAGAAAUUCCAGUGGAUGCCAUGUGAUAUCGACCUUUUGCAGGAUGGGGUGUGUCAAGUUUUGUCGUACAUCAAUAACGCCCACCCGGUCAAGCACCGCGCGCUCUACCGAGCCGUUGAAAAGAUCAUAUCACAAACCGUGCCCUUGUGGGAGGCGUCUCUUAGCGAAAAGAAUCACCCUCAGAGAAUCCCGUACCGUAAAGUCGAAUGGGAAGAAGGCUAUGGAAAUGAUGAAUUUCUGGAAUGGGAUGAAGAGGAGUUAGAGUAUGACCCAAAUGAGGGCGAGGACGAAGGCGAAUAUAUGAAGCGCUACGAAGAAACUAUGAAGCGACAUGAAGAAUACCAGGCCACUCGCAAGGUCAAACUUCCUGAGCCCGGGGAGUUCAAAAUCCCCGAGCCAGACUCGAAGAAUCGUCGGGUCCAACCCAUCAAUUUCCGAACGGAUUUUGCCGAUCGCAGACUGCAGGUCAUUGUCAAGUUGGCGAAUAUCGAAUUGACGCCUGAUAAACCAGAGUAUGAGGGUGGAAGCUGGCAUAUCGAGGGCCAACUUAACGAGCGCAUCGCCGCUUCGGCAAUCUACUACUACGAUAGCGAAAAUAUCACCACCAGCUCGCUCGCCUUCCGCCAUCGCGGAAUGAACAACAUGGACAAGCUCAAGUACGAACAGGACAAACACCAAUUCAUGCAACAGGUGUAUGGUUAUUCCAGCGACUUGCAAAAUAACUAUCCCUGUCUGAUAACGCAGGAUCUCGGCAGCGUGGUCUCCAAGGAAGGUAGACUGAUCACCUUCCCCAAUACGCUUCAGCACUGCGUGUCUCCGUUUUCGCUGGAGGACCAGUCCAAGCCCGGCCAUCGCAAGAUUCUUGCUUUAUUUCUGAUUGAUCCACAUCGACGCGUUAUUUCUUCUGCUAAUGUGCCACCGCAACAAGAGGAUUGGAAAGAGAGUAGGGAGUCCGAGACUUCUGCCGAGAGUCACAGCUCUGAACCACCUAUUAAAAGGCAGAAAGUCGAUGAAGCCGAAACUAAAACGGUCGAUUGUCCGACCAUGUCUUUGGGAGAAGCUAAGACGUACCGACUCGAGCUUAUGGAAGAGCGUGGUCUCGCAUCUGCGAAGCAGAACGAAAAGUUUCAAGAGGGUCAUUUCAGUCUCUGUGAGCAUUAA